AUUUGAUUGGCUGAGAGGCGCCAUGCGUUGGUAAAGCCCUCAGAAGGGGAAGAGCAGGGAAGCGGUGCUGGUGAUGGCAGCGUCGGGGAAAGUGGCAUUUGUUCGGCUGCCUCCUCUUCCCACCAUCGGAGAAAUCAUAAAGCUAUACAACCUGAGAGCAGAGAAGCAACUGUCCCAGAACUUCCUGCUGGACCUGAGACUCACAGAUAAGAUAAUCCGGCAGGCGGGGAAUCUGAGGAAUGCCCGUGUGUGUGAGGUGGGUCCUGGACCCGGGGGUCUCACCAGAUCCAUCCUGAACGCCGGAGCAGCUGAUGUUCUGGUUGUGGAGAAGGACAAACGCUUCAUACCGGGAUUAGAGCUCUUAUCUGAGGCGGCCCCAGGCAGGGUCAGGAUAGUUCAUGGUGAUAUUCUCACAUACAGAAUGGAUCAAGGCUUCCCUGCCCACAUAGCCAAGAAAUGGGAAGAUGAUCCUCCUGAUCUGCACAUCAUUGGGAACCUCCCCUUCAGCGUCUCCACUCCUCUGAUCAUCAAGUGGCUGGAGCAGAUGGCCAACAGGAGCGGGCCGUUCGCAUUCGGACGCACCAGACUCACCCUCACCUUCCAGAAGGAAAUAGCGGAGAGGUUAACAGCCAGCACUGGGAGCAGACAGCGCAGCCGCCUCUCCAUCAUGGCUCAGUAUCUGAGCACCGUUAAAAGCUGCUUCACCAUCCCUGGCCGAGCCUUCGUACCCAAACCAGACGUGGAUGUGGGGGUGGUCCACUUCACUCCUCUGGCUCAGCCCCAGAUCCAGCAGCCCUUUAAACUGGUGGAGAAAUUGGUCAGACAUGUCUUCCAGUUCCGGGGGAAGCACUGCUACAAAGGACUCGAGAAGUUGUUCCCCGAGGCUGAGCGGCUGGAGCUGAUCGAGGAGCUUCUCCGCAGCGCAGACGUUGACCCCACUCUCAGGCCUGCGCAGCUCUCCAUCGCCCACAUCCAAGCUCUAGCAGACGCCUACAGCAGGCUAUGCAGGGAAAACAGCCAACUGUUCGACUACGAGUUCCGAGAAGAGCUGAAGCAAAAACGUCAUAGCCACAGACGCAGCGACAGCAGCAUCAAAAACAGCAGCAUCAAAGAUGGCAUCAAAAGUAGCAGCACCAGCAGAGGCAAAAUCGAGGACCUCACUCCUACCACUCAAUAAAGAAAGGAAAGAGGAGAAAUGUUAAUGGCCGAUGUUCGCACGGGGAGACAACAGACUGCUCUUAGUGGUGACAUUUCACUCGGGGAUGGGCAUGAAUUUUUUACGCCUUUCCUUUCCCUCUCCCUUGGACGGGAGAAGUGUGGCAAAUGGCCAGCUGAAGUGUUACUGUGGCAGGAACAAGGGAAUGAGUUACACCGGCCUUGGCUUGGCCAGAGGUGUUCUGGGUUGUAUUGUGGUAACAACAUCAUUGCCAAGAGUUAAGCUGCAUUCAGUCUGUAGCUCGAGAACUGCAGGUAGGAACAAAAAUAUAUAAAUAAAUAAAAGCAAUGAAAAAUGUCACUGGCAACAAAAAAGUGCUGAAGCCCUUGUAAUCCUCCUAAUUUGCAACAGUGCGAUAACAGAAGGUCCUUUAUUAACAAAGUGUCUGACAAAGAGAAUCUGUGGACAACUCAGGCAGGAAACAUAAAGAGCAAGGAGCAAUCACAUUUCUAAUUUAAAAUCCUCCCCCUAAGAAUUGGGACAACCCUUCAAGAACCUGUAGGUGACCCUGGCGAAAUGAUGUGAUGGCAGUGGAGUGGUUUAACUAGUUAACUUCAGGGCAUUGUAUUUUUUUUACUGCCCAUUUCAUAAUUUUAUUCUGUGAUGGAGAGCUAAAAUUCAUUUUUAUUAGCUUUUAUUUUAAUUUUCCAUUCCAUUCUUUAAUGUUGCAGCCUUUUGUCAUGUGUUGCAUCAUUUAAGGUGGAAUGGGAAAGUUAGCUAGCUAUCUAGCUACCUAGACAUACUACUAGUGAUUUGUUUAUGCUUGUUAUGAAGAAAAUGCCAAUAAAACAUUGAAACUACACAUUAAA